AUGCCAGAUAUAUUCUUUCAAGCUCGUGCUGUAAAAAGGGUUUUAUCGGAUCUCAACGUAAAUAAGCCUCCUGGGCCAGAUGUCAUACCAGCACUGGUCUUGAAGCAGUGCUCUUUGACGUUAGCUCGUCCAUUAGCUAACCGUUUCAACAUUUCAUACCGUGCCGGCGUAUUUACUGUAUAUUGGAAAGUUGAAAAUGUCACGCCAUUUCCUAAAAAAGGCGCGGCUAACAACACUGAAAAUUAUAAUCCAAUAGCAAUUGGCAAUAGCAAAGUUAUGGAAAGUAUGGCAAACUACCAUCUGGUUAAAUAUUUACAGUCCAACAAUUUACUUAACGAACGCCAGUAUGGCUUCCGUAGAGGACGCUCUACACUCAAAUUGAAUGUCCACAAACACUACUCCCUUUUCCUAGUAUACAUAAUGCAUUGCAUGGGUAGGGGUCAUCCCCUAAGUGCUGGCCCACAAAUGGCUGAGAUAUAA